ACCACCCCCUCAAUCUUUUUUCUUGUUCUUCUGAGAUUCUCCUGACUCAUCAGAAUUACCUCUAGUCCCUUAGGCAAAAAUGGAUCCCAUCAAGAUCUUGAAGUUCAAAGCAAUGCACAAGCACAACAAGAGGCAUCACCAGCCUUUCAACAAUCUCUUCCUUUAUACUUUGACAGCAUUAACUUGCAGUCUGUUUUGUUUUAGCCCUUUAUGGCUUCCCUCUUUAACUUCUUCCAUGAAGGCCUUUGUCUUUGUUUCUGUCCCAAAAAUCAGUUCACUGUUUUUGAGCUCCAAGUUUGUGUUCAUACUAGCCAAUCUCAUUGUUGUUGCCCUCGUUGGAGAAUCCAAAAUCUUUUCCACAGUCUCUUCUGCAUCUAAUAUUGUUGACCAAUAUGAAAGCAUGAAAAGGUGCCAAACCCUUCAGAGCUCUUCCACCCACCACCAAAAGGAACCUAAGAAUCUGAGUACUUUUGUGGAAGAAAAGGUGCUGCUGAAGAGGACUUGUGGAGAUGAAGAAGCUAUAGAAGGGAAAGGAUGGGAUGAAGAAAGUGAGGAAGUAGUGGUGAAGGUGAAAGAGGAUAUAGAUGAAGAUGAAGAUGAUGAUGAUGAUGAUCAGAAAUUGAACCAAAGAGCUGAUGAUUUUAUUGCAAGGGUCACUGAAAGAAGGCUGUUUGAAUUGGAGCUAGAUAACUGCUUUUGUAACAGUGAAAAAUGAACUCAGAAUAGUUAUAGGUUUAGUAGCAAUUAAAGCUGAAGAAGUACUCUUUUUUCUUAUGUUUUUCCAACCAGUAUGGUCGGUUCGGUUAGUAACAAGAUAGUGAUAUGUUUGCAUGUAAAUUUAUGACUCCUUGUUCAAGUAUAUAUUCAA